AUGGGGCUUGACAAGCAAUGCCAAGGCCAAGCCAAGGCAUGGCAUGCCAAGCUCCCAAUAGCCUCACUCUCGAAAGCCAAGGCAUGGCAUGCCAAUAGCCUCACUCAAGCUUCCAAUAGCCUCACUCUCGCAAGCCAAGGCAAGACAUGCCGAGGCACGACAUGCCAAGGCAAGGCAUGUCAAGCUUCCAAUAGCCUCACUCUCGCAAGACAUGCCAAGGCCAAGGCACGAGAUGCCAACGCAAUGCAUGCCAAGGCUAAGCCAAGGCAAGGCAUGCCAAGGCCACGACAUGCCAAGGCCAAGGCACGACAUGCCAACGCAAGCAAGGCAAGGCAUGCCAAGGCCAAGCCAAGGCAAGGCAUGCCAAGGCCAAGCCAAGGCAAGGCAUGCCAAGGCCACGACAUGCCAAGGCCAAGGCACGACAUGCCAACGCAAGCAAGGCAAGGCAUGCCAAGGCCAAGCCAAGGCAAGGCAUGCCAAGGCCAAGCCAAGGCAAGGCAUGCCAAGGCCAAGCCAAGGCAAGGCAUGACAAGGCCACGACAUGCCAACGCAAGGCAAGGCAAGGCAUGCCAAGGCCAAACCAAGGCAAGGCAUGCCAAGGCCAAGCCAAGCCAAGGCAUUCCAAGGCCACGACAUGCCAACGCAAGGCAAGGCAUGCCAAGGCCAAGGCCAAGCCAAGGCAAGGCAAGGCAUUCCAAGGCCACGACGUGCCAACGCAAAUGCAAGGCAAGGCAUGCCAAGGCCAACCCAAGGCAAGGCAAGGCAUGCCAAGGCCAAGCCAAGUCAAGGCAUGCCAAGGCCAAGGCACGACAUGCCAACGCAAGGCAAGGCAUGCCAAGGCCAAGCCAAGAUACGACAUGCCAACGCAAGGCAAGGCAAGGCAUGCCGAGGCCACGCCAUGCCAAGCUUCCAAUAGCCUCACUUUCUCGAAAUGGCUUGAAUGGGGCAAUGCCAAGGCCACACCAUGCCAAGCUUCUAAUAGCCUCACUUUCUCGAAAUAGCUUGAAUGGGGCAAUGCCAAGGCCAUGCCAUGACAAGCUUCUAAUAGCCUCACUUUCUCGAAAUAGCUUGAAUGGGGCAAUGCCAAGGCCAUGCCAUGCCAAGGCAUGCCGAGGCCACGGCAUGCCAAGCUUCCAAUAG